AUGCCGAUAAAGCGCGCGCUGCUCAUCGGCAGCCCAGUACAAGGCCUGCGUGGAACCGAAAAUGACCUCAAUACAAUAACAAAUAUUCUCAAAAGCCGCGGUUUCAGGACAGAGAGCGAGACUUAUGUGAGAAGAUUGUUCCGCCAGGACGCCACUCGCCAAAAGAUUCUCGACGCUUGGGAAAACCUGAUCCGCGAUACCUCACAGGGUGAUGUUGUUGUCAUUUACUAUUCUGGCCAUGGAGUUUGCGUGGAACCUGACUCGGCGACUGCAUCCUCAAGAUCACCAACGAAGAUUCAAUUCAUCGUCCCGUACGACUUCGACUGCACUCUCGAGACAUGGAAAGGUAUUUCCGAUGGAGAACUCUCUCUCUUGCUUCGAAAGACGACCGCCAAGACCACAAAUGUCACAUACAUCCUUGACUGCUGCCAUUCUGCUCGGCUUGGUCGCAAGCUCGGCGACGUUCACUUUGAACCAAAGGCUUUCGGUCUGGACAAAUCUUUGCACUCGGAUCUUGCCAAAAUUCUAGACAAGCUAAGGCAGAAUGGUCGGCUAGCAGAAGAUGAAAUGGAUACCAACCCUUAUGCGGUGCGCAUAGCGGCCGCAGCUACCGAUGAAACUGCAUGGGAAUACCACAAAGAUGGCCAUACGUACAUGGGUCUCUUGACCAAAAGCCUUGCGAAAGCAAUUACGAAGCCCGGCGAUAACCGAUCUUGGAGAGAUAUUAUGCUCGAAGUUGCUGUGCUAGUCGAACAGGAUUAUCCAGGAGGAAAUCAGCACCCAAGAUCGGCAGGACCUGACAACCGAAGGCCCUUUUCACUCGCGACUAACGCUACCGGAGCCCUCCUCUCAACUUUAUGGGACGACGAAUACACGACGGUGCGUGGGGGCCGAGCCCACGGAGUCCACGAGGGAGACGUUUUUGCGAUCACACCUUUCGGAUCCCACACUCAACCUGGAAGCAAAGUUCUUACGGGAACUGUCACCCAAGUCAACGCCUUUGCGGCGGUCAUUAGUCCAACGCCAAAGCCUUCAGCAUUCGGAUGUAUGAAAGAGUCUAUGGCAGGUCAUGCAGUUCUGCAACGAAGCCUUACUCGUUGGCCAGUUCUUUUGCCACGCGACUUUCAAAGUCAUCCUAAAAUCGUUUCCCUGUUGGAUAAGUCGUUGUUUCUCAGGCAAUGCACAGAGCAAGAACGGCCCCUCCUUCGCCUCAAACAUGCACGGGAUCAAAUCAUUCUAGACGACAAACGAGGCUUACAACUGGCCGCCGAGCGUCUCGUCAGCGAAACUGGCCUGGAACAAGUGUUCAGUAGAGUGUUGUAUCAAGCCAAAGAAUACGUUCAAGCACAGAACAUUCUUUCACUCCGGUCAGGUGUAGACGACGAGGCCUUCGGUGACAGUAUGGAGAUAGAGCUGGGACUCGAGAGCAGUGGCAAAAAGACUGUCCUUGCACGUAGAAGUGACUCGUAA